UGACAAAGCUGGUGUCCCGUGCCGGGGCUGGGGUGGCUUUGGCAGGUGGCUCUGCCCCGGGAAGGGGGAGGAGGCUCCGCGACACUCCCAGCCCUGCCCGCAUCCCUCGAUGCUCCAGUCCCGGCUCAGCCCGGCGGCAGCGCAGGCAGGGAGGGCAGCAGGCCCUGUCCUUCCCUGCAGGUUGGGCAAGGACAUGGAGGAGGAGAACCAGACGGAGACCUGGCACCGGAGCCUCCAGGCGCUGCUGAACGCCUUGAACCAGACGCUGCACGGGGCGGUCCUGAGCCCUGCCGACCGCCCUGCCGCCUCUGCCGCCGUCCCCCGCAACGCCAGCGCCCGCGCCGGCCGUCCUGGCCGCCACGACAACGCCUACAUGUACAUCCUCUUCGUCAUGACACUUUUCGCUGCCACGGUGGGGAGUCUCAUCCUGGGCUACACCCGCUCCCGGAAAGUGGAGAAGCGCAGCGACCCCUACCACGUCUACAUCAAGAACAGGGUCUCCAUGAUCUGAGCUCGGCCCCUGAUGCCUGGUCCCCUGGUGAGCUGGCGUGGUUUGGGGACACGUUGCUGCUGCACACCCCACAGCCAGCCCGCUCCCAGACGGGAUGGGAAACUCUCUGCCUGGUGUCCCCAGGGAGGUGCUCAGCCCUGGUGUGAGCAGCGUGGGGACCACAGCUCCUGUCGGGCAGGAGCUGCCAGGGUGCUACCCACAGGCAGGUCCCAGUCCCACAGACCCACCUUGGCUGAACUCUGGGGAGAUGGGGAUGGCAGAGGCAGCUCCUUUCCCACCGUGGCGUGCCGAGCCUGGCAGGGGGUCUUCAAAGAGGAGAAUCCACCAUUUCCCUGCUUGGAUCUGCCAGCGUUGACCUCCACGGGCUGGCAGCAGCCUUUGUGACACGGGCUAGUGGGUUUUUCUGGUGCUAAACCCCUGUAAUUCUGGAGCUGGGCUGGGCCUCGUUUUUCUGGUGGGGAAUUAAAGGAGGUGGUGGGUUCCA